AUGUCAACUGAAUCCCUCCCCAUAACCCCAGGAGCCUUCGCUGAGGCAAUCAAAGAGCUGCCCCUCGCAGUCCUCUACAGCAAAGUCUCCGAGCUUACAAAUUCCAUCGCACACCUGCACCGCUCGAAUGCCGAGCUCCGCGCAUUCUUAACAGAAAGCAACGACUCGGAAGAAGACAAGAAGGAGCUGGAGGGAUAUGUGGCCGAGAACGAGGGCGUAGCGGUGUCCAUGAAUGAACGGAUCUCGCUGCUGAAGACCGAGGUCGAGAAUCGUGGACACCCUUGGAUUGAGCUUGAUGAGCUUAAGAUCAACAAGGAACAGGAUGUUAUGACAGAUGUGCCAGUGACGAAUGGAAAUGGGACUGAGAAUGGGACUGGGGCUGGGCCUGGGGCUGAGGCCGGUGCAGGACAAGAGUCCAAUGACCGGGAGGAUGGGGAUGGGGUCUAUCUGUGA